GCGUCAUAGCGACGGAUGUUGACUACCUUGGAAUGAAGGGUCAUAAGGGUGAGGAGUCACUAAAGGUAGAGAACUUCUGCACGAGAGCUGCAAUGGGGCUUACGUAGCGCGCUACGAAUCGAAUCACGAGAUCAAGCGGUGCCAGUGACAGAAUCCUUUGACGCAGAACAGAAAUCUGCCAGCAUCAUGAAUCCAGCUCACAUACAGGCCCACAUUCGAGCUCUUUUUCAAGGGAUUCUGAACAAAGAUACAGUCAUUCAACGGCAAACCAUUGAGCGGGCGUAUUUCCCUGAUGCAACCUUACAGAACCCUUAUUUGGUGCUCAGUAAUCGAGACCAGAUUAUUCGAAGUUAUGCAGGACUGUCCAACUCUUGCACGGAGUUAUUGGGAAUAGUAAAAGAUAUCGAGUACAAUCCUGACACUCAAAUUGUUCGUCUUACCGUGCUCCAAACUAUAAAACCGAAAGCACUCGGAGGGGUACUGGCCAUAACAACAACCCAAGUUCUUUCCCUCCAGCUCGAAUUUUCUGGCGAAAACUCUCUCCAAAUUGUUUCACAUGAUGAACAUCAUCUUGCGCAAGACAUCAUCAAGCAAAUGCCGCUAAUUGGAAAAUAUUAUGAAACGUCUAUCCGCACGGCUCUGGGACAUCUAACACUCGCCGGAACAAGUGUAUUGAAUGCCACCGGGAUUUUGGAUCUAUUCCCUGCUGCUGUGCGAGUAUCGAGCGAUACUGCUAGUGCCAUGCGAAAAAAGGCAUCAAGAAUCACGAAUGAUAUUGCGCUACCGGCGCUGGAAGCCACCGGCGUCACACCAUUAGUAAGAGACGCCUUCCAGCUCACUCAGAACGCCAUGGGAUGGGCUACAGAAAAUGCCAGAGGCGCUGCAUCGCUGACCAGGUCAACUGCGGUAAAACUGAUUGAAGAAGGGAGAGGGGGAGUCGAUUGUUAUUCCCCGACAUGUAAACCUGGGCAAAUCUGUUAUUCAUCAACAUGCCCUCGAGGCAAGACGUACCAGAUGUUGUCAGUAGAUGCGGUGGCGGAUAUUGUUAAGGGUGUUUACCAGGGUGUGCAGAAGUCAACGACGGGCCUGCUAAAAACCAACUGAAUUGAGCAGCAUCAAAUUUAUAUCGUAUUGGUAGACGUCCGACUUGAAUGUGGCAUUCUCAAUGAUUUAUUUAUAUACUCCUUUAAUUCAGUUUCCUGAUUAAAUUGCGAAUACAUGACAUAGAAAAAUACGGUACCCUCCUCGACUGAUAUUCUGC